CAUCUAUCCGAUUCCUAUACGUCUAGUGUGCAAACGCCCCCGGACGCUAGUAUUGUAAUCCUGGAUUUCCAUGCUCCUCAAGCAUAGCUUCAGUGGCAAUCGUAUACACAUCUAGUAUCGAGUGCAGGGGAUGAGAAUUUUUGUUUAAAAAGAGCCCGAGUUCCGAUUCAGCUGAGGUCUUUUCAUAUCUCGUACUCCUUGUCGCAACUGUACAUAUUAUUAUUCUUCCCACAUUGAUUUAAUUUCAGCAUCCUUGAGAAGAAACCCAACUUUGGCAGUAGUCCACACCCAUAUCAGUUGAUAACAUGGCUACUUUCAUCAUUCGAGAUGUCCGUAUAUUUACUGGUGAAGAGGUAAUCGAACAAGGAUACGCACACAUUCAGGAUGGCAAGAUCAAAUCAGUGGGACCCAUUAGCAACAUCCCACAAGAAUCAAUAAAGACAUAUUUAAAACCAGGACACACUCUUCUUCCCGGCCUAAUCGACUGCCAUAUCCAUGCCGACAGAGCCGAUCCCGUAGCUCUACCGCAAUCCCUACGAUUCGGAGUCACCACCGUGUGCGAAAUGCACAACGAACUCGAAAACGUCCUGAAACUCCGCAAGCAAACGCUCGAGCCCGACACAGCAUCCUACAAAACCGCCGGACAAGCCGCAACAAUCGAAAACGGCUGGCCCAUCCCCGUAAUCACCGCGCACGACAAAAGCGAAGAAACCGCCGCCGCAAUCUCGCGUUGGCCAAAACUCACCGACCACACCAGCGUAAUCAACUACCUCGACUGGACCACCAAGGAAAUGCAACCAGACUACAUCAAACUCAUGCACGAAAGCGGCACAAUCAUGAGCCAAACCUUCGCAUACCCCUCCCUCUCCCUCCAACGCACUAUCAUCACCGAAGCCCACGCCCGCGGCUACCUAACCGUCGCCCACGCAACCUGUCUAAAAGAUACCCUCGACGUCCUCACCGCAGGUGUAAACGGGCUCACCCACACCUUCUGCGAUCAACCUCCCACCCAGGAACUCAUCGAUGCGUACAAAAAGAACAACGCGUGGGUUAACCCGACGCUAGCGACAAUGGGUAGCUUGACAGCCGAAGGCGUGGAUCUGCAACACAGAUUUGCGCAUGAUCUGCGAGUUAAGGGGUUGAUUGGGGAGGAUCGAGUCGGGAAUAUGUGUCGGUGUAUGGGGUUUGCGGAUAAGGGGAAGGUGGAAUUUGCGUAUCAGGGGGUUAGGGCGUUGAAGGAUGCGGGGAUUGAUAUUUUAUGUGGAAGCGAUGCCGCUGGUCCUGCAGUCGGUACGGCGUUUGGUCUGACUAUGCACCAUGAGCUUCAUUUGUUCGUGCACAAGGUAGGUAUGACUCCCAUGGAAGCACUGCGCUCGGCUACGAGCUUGGUUGCGAAGCGCUUCAAGUUUGAAGACCGAGGGAGGUUGGCAGAGGGACUGAAUGCGGAUAUGUUGCUUGUUGAAGGGAAUCCACUUGAGGAUAUUGAUGCGACGUUGAAUAUUCGGGGUGUUUGGCGUGAGGGGAAAGUGUGUAGUGUGCAUGCUGAGAAGUUGGAAUAGCUUUUAGAGGGAAUAUUCGGAUAGUGAGAGGUAGAAGAGAAAAUGCGAAGAAAAAACAUUCGUCAAACUAAGCAAUGAGGAUUACUAUAUAUAGUCAGUGCGUGCAACAAUC